CUCAGGGAAGAUCCAUAGUGUCUUUUAUUUUAAAUGAAAGUUUCCAGGACAUUACUGCAAACAAAGUGCUAUCCUUCAAGAAGAGCCUUUGCAAGUAUUUGACGUUGAUACGGGCUGAGUUCACUUUUGUUACAACCGUGAAGACUCCAAGAAAGCAUUUGGUGUUACAGUUGCCUUCAGAAGUGCUCCCUUUUCUGCGGCACUGCACCGGUUGGAGAAAGGAGUGGCUGUUUUCUCUAAAUGUCAGUGCUGUAAAGGUCUCUGGAGAAGAUGAAAUUUCGGUUCAAGAACUGAAAAUAUCUCAACUUAGAUUACAAGAAGACCCAGUUCUGGUAUCUCCCGUGUUGCGAGUUAGUGAAGCUGCAAGGACAGGUGAUGUCUCAGAAUUGAAAAGAGUUCUUGAUAUAGAAUCCAUAACUAAACGGGAUUUCCUGCUCAAAACCCGCACGGAUGGAGCUACGCCUUUGAUUAUAGCUGCAAGGAAUGGUAACACUGCAAUUGUUCAGUGCCUACUAGAUGAAUAUGAUGUAGAUUUGGAGCAGGAGGGCACUGUCAAAAUCGAUGGAGAUCUGAUUGAAUGUUGCACACCAUUGUGGAUGGGGUCUCUAGGAGGUCAUUUAGCAAUUGUCAGGUUGUUAUUGGAGCGAGGGGCUGAGGUGAAUCAUACAACACUGACCAACUCCACCCCGCUGAGGGCAGCUUCAUUUAACGGACACACUGAGGUUGUACGAUGUCUUAUUAAUCACGGUGCAGACGUGAACAAGCGAAACCAGGAUGGAAACACUUGUAUCAUGGUAGCCUGUUGGAAUGGACAUCUUGAUACGUUUGGGUUACUACGGACUUCGGGAGCCAACAUGGAGGUGCAGGACAACCAGGGUUUCUCGAUGAUUCACUGCGCUACAGCAGCCAACAAUCUCACUCUCCUUCACGAGCUCCUUCCGGUACCGAAUACUGCGGCGGUGAACGCGAAAACCUCGGAAGGCAUCACUCCGCUGAUGUUGGCUUGCGAAAAAAACCACCCCGAUGUUGUUUUACUGUUGUUACAAAAGGGUGCUGCAGUGGAUGAAAAGUCUGACAAAGGUCUUACGGCCGCUCAUUUUUGCGCCCUGUCAAAUGAUAUUAAUAGUCUGCAUCAUAUUAUAGAUUAUAGAGCAGAUCUGAGCAUGGCUACGGAGCGAGGCAGCACCCCUUUAAUGCUAGCCUGCGCGAAAGGCUAUGUCUCUAUUGUUACUGCCUUACUUAGAAACACUUGUAAGUCCAAGUUGAAGAACGAGAUUACUUCGGCCUUGAAGCUCCGUAACUUGACAGGACACCCCAGCUGCCUUGGGCUUCUGGCAACGCCUAAAGGCAUGGAUAUAAAUGCUGGGAACGAAAAUGCAGAGACCUGUUUAAUGAUGGCCUGCGAGAAAGGAAGCGUAGAGAUCGUAAGGAUUCUCCUUGAUGAAGGAGCUGAUCCUAACUGCGCUGAUCAGAAUGGUGUGACCCCUCUGAUGAUCUGUUGCAGGCGGGGCCAAGAGAGAAUUAUACCCCUGUUGUUGAGGAAGGGGGUCCUUGUUGACCAAAAGAACAAUGAAGGAGAUACAGCUUUGCACAUUUGUGUGCGGCAUUACCGCGAAUUCAGCGGUCACAAGAAGUGUUUGGAGCAACUGCUUAGUACUGGCGUGUGUUUGGAUAUGAAGAAUUCUUCAGGUGACACACCUGUCACAGUUGCUCUCAAAAAUAAGAAGUGGUGCGGGCAGGCGUUUGAAAUGUUACACAGUGGGGGACUGGAACUCAGUACCCCACUUCAAGACACCAGUGGCGACACAGUGUUCCAUAAGUGUGGGAGAUCUGGUGACGUCUCGUCUAUGACCUUACUGUUGGCCUUGGACAACAGAGGACCCUUGCAAAAGAACCAAGAUGGCGACACGGCUCUCAGAGCGGCUGCCCUAGAAGGCGCUGAGGCAAUGACGCGCGCUCUAAUCAACACUGUCAGUGGGUUCUCACCGAAAGACAAGGUAGAGGCUCUUGAGUUGUUAGGUGUCGGUGUAUUGGCUAAAGAGAUAUCACGUGAUUGGGACAUAUCUGCCGUGGUCGGUUUCUGGCAGGAAGCUUUGACGCUCCGUCGCACUCACAGUCUUACGCUCCCAAAUAUCGUACCUCGUGAGUUUCCGCUGGAGUACUUUUUCGAAGCCAGACUACCCAGCGAUCUGACUGCGUUCGAGUCAAAUCCGAGUGCGGUCACUGCGCAGGCGCUGCAAAUUUGUGAUCGCGUUUUGGGGGAUACCCAUUCCCGCCUGCCCUCCCUCCUGGGGACCAUUGGCGAACGAUUCGCGCAAAUAGGCGAGUUUUAUCGCAGCUUAAAUAUUUGGCUGUACGUUUUAGAGAUUCAACUCAAAUCCCUUUCGUCUUUACCAGAAGGAGUGGAAGACGUGCUUAAUACUUUCCGCUGUUUUGCUGAUGCGUUUGGUUUUGUCCUGAGCCGAAGUGGGAGCGUCUUGCAUUUUAAAACUGUCUAUCAAGUCGUUAAAAGUGUGUUGCAAGGGUUAAAAACAUGCCCUGCAAUUUACGAAUCACGUGAUAAGAUGAUGGUCUAUCUCCUUCACUACUUGUCCGCCUUAUUAGAAGUUUCGUCGAACGAUCGUGAUGUAGAGGUUGUUACGGAGACAGUCAAAGCGGUUGCAUGGUUGGGCUUGCGCAGCACAACAGGGUCAACUCUUCUUCACCUUGCCGCAAACUCUAAAACUGAAGACAUAAGCUCUCUCAAGGAGCACCUCCACUUUCCGAGCCGCCGCGUGUGCGAGCUUUUAAUGGACAGCGGUAUUGAUCAGAAUGCAGUAGAUAGCGACCGAAACACCGCACUUCAUAUACUUCUCACCAAAGGGCACGCUGAAAGAGAUGUGCUGGCUUGCCUUUUAAAAGCUAGACCGCAUUUGGACGCGAGAAACUCGUCAGGAAAAACAGUCCUUGACUUGGCGAGGUGUAAAAAGGUAUGGAGCUUUGUCAGGGCCGCUGAACGAGUCCCUCGUCUACAGUGUCUUGCAGCUCGAAAGAUCAUAGGAGAAAAGUUGCAGUAUGAGGGUAUAGUUCCCAAGAGAUUAGAAACAUUUAUUCAGCUGCAUUAGCACAACGGAUGUUGAAUAUUUAAACAGCUUAUAUCAAAUUACAUAAGCAAAUAAGGGCCCAGGCGCAACAGGGAAACUUUUGUUUAUUUUGCAAAAGAAUCUGUCAUCAGUUCAGUGAGACAAGUGCGCCCUGUGAUUUCAUCCUACCAAAUGUUGUCAAGCCUUACCAAUCUUCAAAGGUGCCGUCGUGCUGCCUUGGAGCAGGACAAAUUUGUGACAGGCGUCAAAUCUGACAGAUUUUUCAAUUAACAAGCCACGAUUUGAAGGAUUAUGUCAAUCGAGAAAUUUUGAUCUCACUUUUUAAAUGCGGGUCUUACAGGCAGGAGGCUGCCGAAAUAUUUAAUAAUAGUUUUUGUUGUUUAUCAAACGGUGAAGAUGGCAGAUUUGUACCUCGGUUUUUACCCCUUUUUUCUCCUAUAAUUCUUGUUAAUAUUAUACACCUUUAAUUCAGCAUUCUCUGCAAGGGGUUUGAAUAAACGUUGUUUUCACUUUUCA